UUCGAAGCUAGAGUGUACCUAUAAAAAUGAUCGAGUGAAAUUGAAAUGAUUCAUCACUAGUUUAUGAAAUAUAUGCAAAAAACAUUAAUUCAAAACUUAAAUGUGGUGGACGGAAAACUUUUGUAGCAUAAGGUAAUAAGGGGCAAGAGGUAGAUCCUCCGCACGCUGUGCGUGCCUUCAAUCUUUAUCAGAAGUCUGGGUCCUAGACUGUGAUGUCAGUUUGUCAACAUGGCGAUGAUCUGAUGUGGCGAGCGGGGGGUACAGAUUUUCUUCUGGCAGGCGUGAAAAAUGACCUGAAAAUUGGUGUUCUUCGACGGGAAUAACAUGAAAGGGUGUAUCGAUCUAUAUAUUUGAUCAGAAUGGAAACAAGCUCAGGGAAUGACAUAAAGAUGGAAGAAGCCCCUGCAGAUAAAGGGUCUGAGUCUGACCCUCAGGGACUUGAUGACCAGGAAAAAGCUGAGCAACACAAACAUGACGAUAAACAACUAGAAACGUCAUGCCAAGUUCCAGCUCUUUCAAAGUCCAGAGUUUUCUUCCUGAAUAUAUCAUGGUUUGGGAUGAAUGUGAUGUACCUUAUUCUAUCUGUUGAAGUUGUGCCAUCUCAAGUGUAUGCACUUGUUGGUUCUGAACAGAAAGGCCAAGUGCUGGGUGGCAUGGUAGCUGCUGGUGCUGUGGUCACAUUUUUCUUGAGCCCCCUUGUUGGAAUGAAAAGUGAUCGUCUCGUGUCCCAGUAUGGAAAACGACGCCCUCUUAUGCUUGGUGGAACUGUGUUACUAUGUAUAUCUCUAUUUGGCAUGGCAUUCAGUGCUCCUGAUAUUGAAAGUGACAUAUCAAAUGUAACAUGUUCCAUAGAUUUAAAGCUGCGACGUUGUCUGCCAUAUUUCAACCUGUCAGUCUUAGAGCAGUCUCAGGACAAUAUGACAGUUGAUUCAGAUAGAAGCUUCUUGCUCAGCAUUCUGAUGCAGAAAGAAGAUUCAAGAGGGAAUAUAGGUCUUUACAUUGCAUUUUAUCUCUGUGUUAUGGCAUGUUAUUCUAUUAUGAGUGUGCCAUAUAAUGGGCUGAUAGCUGAUUUGACACCACCAUUCCAAAGAGGCUUCAGUUCUGGAGUCAUGGGAGCUAUGACAUUAGUUGGAAAUGUAACAGGUGCCCUCAUAGGCUUUUUCUUUCCGAAAAUUGGAGUGGUUGGCACAUAUUCCUUGGUGGCUGUUCUAUAUUUUGUGUGUGUGCUCCUUACUGUGUUUUCCUGUCCAGAGCCCCCUAAUAAAGUCACCCACAAACCCAUAGGUCUGAAGGCAGUAUUUCAUGCAUACUGGGAACCACUAAAAGAGCGAGACUUCAGGUGGGUGUUCCUCACCAGGUUCCUGAUGCAGCAAGGAGUUGCCACGGUUACAGGGUUUCUUGAGUUUUGGUUGGGCGACAUGGUUACAUUACCAAACUGUUGGUCACCUGAGAGAAGUGUGGCAAUGCUCCUGCUUCCAAUGUUGUUUUCUGCAGCAUUAUUUUCUGUUAUAGGGGGCUUCCUCUCAGACAGACUUGGGAGAAGAAAACCUCUUGUUGUUGGAUCAGCAAUAUUAAUGAGUAUCUGUGCUGUUAUAUUGGCUGGAUUGCAGGGAAAGUAUGCCUUUUACGCAGCAAUGCCAGUAGCCUUGACUUUUGGGGUAGGCUUUGGAGCAUAUUGUGCAGUGGAUUUUGCUCUUGUGAUGGAUGUGCUUCCUAAUGACAGAGAGAAAGCCAAGGACCUGGCUGUGUGGCAUCAGGCUCUUGUUCUCCCACAAGCCAUAGCCACACCAACAGGAGGAAUCAUAUUAGACAUGUUUGAAAGACUCAGAUGUGAUAUUGGACUUGGAUACAUCAUCCUCUUUCUUGUCACGUCUGUUUAUUUUGUUCUUAGUGGUAUUUUUGUUUUCAAUAUCAAGAAGGCCAAGUAGAGAAAGAAUUUAGUUGCUGACCAUAAUUUCAAUGUCCUGUCCUGUCUAUGAGAAAUGCAAGUGUAUCUGGCACUGGUCAAAUGGUGCUCUACUCUGGUUGGCCUAGAUAACAUUUUUAAUUAGUUACUGUAGCUUAAAUGCUACUUCAGUUAGUCUGAGUAGGGCUGUAAUUAGGCUGAAAUAGCCCUCCAGAUAGCCUAAAAAUGCCUGAAAAUUACUGUAGCUCUCAAUAAUGGUGAUGUCAUUACAAUAAUUAUAAAUGUAUUUAAACUAGCCUGGAAAUGCAACAUUUUAUUGUGUGACUCAUGGGAUAUUCCAUGGCAUGCGACACAAAAGCAUUUCAUAACUAUUACAUAUACUCAAAAGACCUGACUUGUGACUCAUUAAUACUUAAGAGUUUAUACUUUUAAUUCCUGCCUGUAAUUGUUUCCUAUUCAUAGAUGGGGCUGAAAGAAAAUAACAAUUUUAUCAGUGACUCCCAGUUCUUCUGAAACAAGAAAAAAAACGUGGGGCAAGUCUCAUCUUGCAGUGGACUGUGAGACUGUUACUGCAGACAGAAAGAUGAAAAUCUAAAAACUUGUUCCCAGUAAUGAUCCCACAAGUGACACAUUACUGCAUGAUGAUACUUGCAAUCAUCCCAGAUUCUUCUCGUUUUUAAUGUGGCAAAUAGAAAAGGAAGAUUUAAGACUGCCACCUUUUUGUAGGUUGACUUUCAGAUCAGUUCCCCUUGCAGUAGUGAGGUACUAAUGCAAAAUCACAUUGAUUAAUAAUGUAGUUUUGUUAUUAGCAAGAAAUGAAAAUAGUAUUGCCUCUUCAUCAAGAACAUUAUAGGGAACUGAUUUUUUUUGGGGGGGAGAGGUGGGAUUGCAAAUACAUUUAGAGGUAAAUAUUUUUUUACAAGUUGCAUGGAAUUUGUGGGUGUAAUCAUUUGAUUAUGAGCAAUGUACUUGAGGUUUAAAAAUAAUUUCCUGACCAGGUUGAUUAGGAGUUCAGUUAGUAUCCGAGACAAAGGAAAAAAAUUCAUAGUAAAUAUUAGGUAACAAGUCUUCAUUGAUUUUCAAACAUGAUCACUGGUGCUCUGCUUUGUUUGAAGGUGAGAAUCAUGAUCAAUCAUUCACUUCAGUGAAGCUGUUCAAGAUCCCUUCACAUUAAGUCUGUCCACAGGCACUAAUUUUUUUGCUACAAGUUAUUUUCUUUGAACACAAGAGCAGCUGCAAAGACGGCACAAUAAAUUAAACAUCCCUAGAGCUACUUUUGUCUUUCCCCAGCCCCACAACCUUGUGCUUUGGCUUGUUCAUUUUGCAUGCAACUGGGUUAAUAUUUAGCUAAGCUUGCGAUCUUGAAGAACUCAGACAAAAUAUAGGGUUUGUGGAUGGACUACUUCACAUUUUACAAUUACCAUACUUGAAAAAGAAAGACUUAGUAAGUUCCUUGCUGCAGCACUGUCAUGAGGAUAAUUAUGUCAAUUUUUUAAACUUGUACAAACAUGUUGGUAUAGAACAGUUAACUGAUGAACCAUCAAAAAAUUUAGACAAUACACACCAGGGGAAAAAAAAAA